AUGUCACUCUUUGGCUCCUCUCCGCCGGGCGAGGCUCCGUCUAUGGAGUCGUCCUUCGCCCGCUCCCGGCAGUCGCUAUUCGACGACGACGAAGCUACCACGACGCCCUCGCAGCCAAACAGCUUGUUCAACGACGAUGACAUGGGAUCUGGAGCACGCUCCCCGUGGGAUAUGCCGACACCGCGCAAACAACAGACCCGCGCGGACCUGCUCAAAUCCCUCCUGCCCGCCUCUGACGUGCCUGAUAGUUACAUCGAUACAUUUGACGUUGUCGUUCGUGAGGACGGCAGUGCCGGUAGCAACGUCAGCUCCAGGGGUGUUGCGCGCACGCUCGCUGCCGCCAAGCUCGCUGCCGAUCAGCAAGCGAGGAUCAAUAACAUCAUCAUGGCUGGCGGCGAGGACGUGAGCCUGGGACGCAACGAGUUCAACGUACUGCUCGCCUUGAUUGGCCUCGCACAAGAGGGCGAGAACGUCAGCUUGGACGGGGUGGAUGAGCGACGAAGAGAUCUGCCAAAGCCAAAACUGCCCGGCCUCGCCGACAACGCUCCUGUCCUGCCAAACACGGCCGAACUGGCUGCUAAGCCACCACAGCGACCUGUCACGCCGCCCUCGGCUUCCCAGUCGCCGCCGCCCAAGCAGCAGCCCAAGUCGGCAAAUAGGGUCACCACCAUGAACUACCCUGAAGAUCCGUGGAAUACACCUGAGCUACACAAGACACACAGUCAUGGUCCCGAUCCACCCCGCACCAAUGGCACGUCGAUGACAAACCCAAUUCCAAAUGGUAGCGAGCCAUUUGGUACCAGCCCAAGCGAGAGUCUACCACGCAGGACGACUUCCAGCUUCACGACCAACACCGCAGCUUCUGGGGCAGGUGAUCCGAGACAGAACAGCACGGGAAUGGGACAGACCUCGGCCGGCGGGUGGGACUUCUUCAGCGGAGGCCAGCAGCCUGUUGGGGGCUUCAACCCCUCUGCUGCCGGCGAGCAAGUCACAAGUCCCUUUGGCGCUGGCGGCGGCGAAGGCGGUCUGGGCUUCGGAGGAGACCAGCCGCAGCGGCAGGCGUCCAGGAGCCUGGGAGGAGGUGGGCGACCAACCAGCACUGUCGACGAGAACAUUGUUGUGACGCUGAUGCCGGAGAAGGAGGGCAUCUUUAUGUUUCAGCAUCACAAUUACGAAGUCUCGAGCACGAGAAGAGGCAGCAAGGUGGUCAGACGGUACAGCGAUUUUGUGUGGCUGCUGGACUGCUUGCACAAGAGAUAUCCAUUCCGGGUGCUGCCGCUGCUCCCGCCGAAAAGGGUGGCGGUCAACGGUAACCACCUCUCCAACGAUGGCGCGUUCAUCGAGAAGCGCCGCCGAGGUCUGGCCCGGUUCCUCAACGCCCUUGUGAGGCAUCCAGUGCUUGGUCAGGAGCAGCUGGUCAUCAUGUUUCUCACUGUGCCCACCGAGCUCUCGGUCUGGCGCAAGCAGGCCACUAUUUCUGUGCAGGACGAGUUCGCCGACAGGGCACUGCCUCCGGGUCUCGAGGAGUCCCUGUCGCCUCAGCUGAAUGACCUCUUUGAGAAGACACGGUCCGGUGUGAGGCGCAGCGCGGAAUUGUACAUCAACGUGUGCAACAUCAUGGACCGCCUUUCGAAGAGGUCCGAGGGCGUAGCCGCCGACCACGCACGCAUCGCCCUUGCCCUCACAUCGCUGACGGAGACCAGCGAGGAGACGUACGCAACGGACACGAGCGAGGUGGCCGUGCUGAACGAGGGGCUCGUUUCCAUGAGCACUCACCUGCGCACGGCCCAGAGCCUCCUGGAGGACGAGGCCAAGGCAUGGGACCAGGGUGUGCUCGAAGACCUGAAGCGUCAGCGCGAUGCCCUGGUGAGCGUCAGGGACCUGUUCGACCGCAGAGAAAGACUGGACCGGGAUAACAUCCCCCAGCUGGAGCGCAGGAUCCAGAGCAACGAGACCAAGUUGGCGAAUCUCAGAGCCAAGCCAGAAGGGCUAGUGAAGCCGGGUGAGAUUGAGAAGGUGGUCGAGGCCAUCAUCAAGGUUCGAAUCCGUCCCUCCCUUGACCACGAGACUCUGCAACCUCGUCCGACUAACAUUGCCGACUCCCUGCAGGACAAGGAGUCGAUUGUGACGCAGCAUAACCGGUCAGUCUUUGUCAAGGAGUGCCUCCGCGAUGAGCUGGUCUACUUCCAGCAGACCCAGUACCACGUGUCGCGAUGGAACCAGGACUGGGCCCAGGAGCGCGUCAAGUACGCCGAGAUGCUGGCAGACAACUGGCGGCGUUUGCUGGAUGAGCUCGAUGGGAUGCCGCUCGGCGAUUGA